AUGCCCAACCAAAACCUUCCUGCAAAUGUAGAUGAACUUCUUCAGUUCAUUUCUAUGAAUGUGAACAGUGAUGGCUAUGAUAAGCAACUAGCACCGGUCUUGAAACAAAUUCCACCGCAAUACUACUUGCAGUCUACUAGCGAUAAUAGAGACCCUUUAGAUCUUUUGGAUCAAACCAUUUUCAGUUUACCCUACACUUACUUCCUUGCCGCGCGAUGUCAAGCGGAUAGACCAAACACUGCGCGUUUAAUUCAAUAUAUUCUUCAAUUUUUGACGGUAUUUGACGCGAAUCAAGUUCGACUAAUACCCGAUAAGUUCCUGCAAGUUGCUCAAGGGUUGUGUAGAUUAGCUACCCUUUAUGGAAACGGAAACAGUGUCAUCGCCAUUAAGCCACUCGCGAAUGCUAUUCAGAGAUAUGCUCUUACCCCAAAUCAUCUCACGAAUUUACACCAAAUGUUUGUUAAGGAAUGUUUGUUAUUGAAAUGUUAUAAGCAAGCACUUCCAAUAUUGCAAAACGAUAUUACUGAAAUAGACGUACAGGUGAUAUCAGCACCAGCGAAUGUAACUAGUCAAAUUCAAAUCGAAGCUUAUAAAAAGUUUACCUUAGUAUCGCUUCUCCUGCAUGGAAAGAUCGCUCAACUUCCUAAAUAUACUGCUAAUGUAGUUUUUCGUUCAGUGAAAAAUCAAUGUCAAGCUUAUCAAGACUAUGCAUCUGCAUUUGAGAGCUUAAACGUAAAGCGACUGCGGAAUGAAUUCAAUAAAUGGACCGAUGCCUUUAGAAAGGAUAAGAAUCUUGGUUUAGCAAAACAAACUCUUGAUGCUAUUUAUCGACGAAACAUUCAACAAUUGACACAAACUUAUUUGACAUUGUCAUUAGCUGAUAUUGCGGAUGCAGUGGGUUUAGAAGGACAUGAUGCACCGAAAAUGGCCGAGAGUUAUGUCCUGCGAAUGAUCGAAUCUCGCGAGAUAUUUGCUACCAUUAGUCACUCUCACCAGAACGGAAUGGUAUCCUUUCACGAUAAUCCUGAUCGUUAUGAUACCUCACUAACAAUUACUCAGCUCGAAGAACAAAUAAACAAAGCUACUACCGUGAGCGAACGUGUCAUUAAAACUGAUAGGAUUGUGGGAUGUAGUAAAGAAUAUCUUCAAAAGAGCCAACAUAUACUUGCUGGAGGUGCAAUUCCGGGUGGACUCGGUCCUGGUGAUGAUCCUGAUUUCUUAGGAGGUGGUGGUGGUUAUGAGAAUUUCAUUGAUGAUGGAAAAUAUUUUAGCUAA